CAGCCCACAACCAACCAUGGCCAGCAUGCCCGACAAACGCAAACCAUCCGGUUCCUUUUCUGGAUCCUCGCCCUAUGCGAAGCGGUCUCGUCCUUCCUACGCUGAAGAAGAUGACGAGGAAGAGACAUCACAGCCGACCGUGACCCCGUACGAACGCCCGCGCAACCACCCCGUGUACGGACAGAAGAGCGCCUUUCCGGGUCUAGAUGUCGCGGGAGAAGAUGAGCUGUUUUAUGGCCCAGCAGAGGAUGGGAUGGAAUAUCUGCGCAUGGUCCGGUCGGAAGCCAACUCCCUCCCUUUUCUAUUCACGGCACCGCAAACGACGGAACCGCCCACCGAGACGGAUAACAAGGACAAAGAACCCCAACCGCAGCCACAAGAAGAAGAGAAACCUGCUCAGCCCGUUCCCGAGGGUGUUGUCGUCGAUGGCGUCUUCUUUAUACCUCCCUCAUCCAAUACCAAGACCACAGCCACAGCCCCUCGCGCAGAUGUCGUCGAAAAGGGCAUCUCCGACGCCCAGUCAAGCUAUUACAAUCUCCUCCACCAUCGAUUCCUUCUCCUUCGAUCGAUACUAAAAUGCUCACCUCCUCCGGAAGCUAUUGCUGCGUUGGACGAUUCUCACCUGAUAAGUUUACCGCGACAUGCGAGAAACGCACGCAAGGAGUGGCGCAGGUUACUGCUGGCGGUGGAUCCGCAGACUGUGCAGUUGGCGUGCAUGGACAUGGAAAGUGUGCUGGCGGUCUUAGGGAUCAUGGCGCGACUAAUGUCGGAGAACGUACGGAGCGGAGAUGCACAACGGGUCCGACGUAUCGGGGCUUGGGCUUGGGGUCUGUUGGGGAGGUGCCGGGAUGUUGGGCAGCUGGGGACGGAAGAGGUUGGGGAGAUUCGAGAACUGGGGAAGAGGGCUGUGAAGAUUCUGAGGAAGAUGCGGGAGGAGGAUGAGAAGAAGAUGCGGGAAGAGGGAGAUGCGUCGGAUGAGGAGGACGAUGAGGAAGAUACAAUGGAGCAGGGGGCAGAGGGAGACGGGGUGGUGAACCAAGUGGAUGGACCAAGUGGUGAUCAGGACCACGAAAUGCAGGACGUGGCGGAGGAGCCUGCCGCCGAGGACCUGGAGGCUGCGAAGGCACGGCUUCAGGCGAAGAUCCAAGGUGUGGAGGAGCAGCCCCCGGUCAUCGAAUCUGGGCCUGGGAAUGAGGAAAAUGCCACCGAAGUGGCGGUGCAGACUCGCGCCAUGUUAGAUAUGAUCAUCACGGUCAUCGGGGAGUACUAUGGCCAACGGGACCUGUUGGAGGCACGCGAGUUGUGGAAUGGGCCCGAGGACAUCUCCCCAACCACACCCCCCUACACCCUCUACAACAUCACCCUCCGCCUGCCCCUCCGCUCAUUCACCAUCUCCAAACGCUACUCCGACUUCACAACCUUCCACACAAUGCUAACCACCCAAACCAACCUCCCACCACCAGCCCCCCUCCCCCCGAAAUCCUGGUUCCAAAACACCAUCUCGAACUCCACCCUCCGCGAAUCCCGCCGCGAAGCCCUAGAAACCUAUCUCCGCGCCAUCAACGAAUCCGACGAUGCGCGCUGGCGAAGCUCGCCCGCCUGGCGCGCCUUCUUGAACCUUCCCAGUCUGCCUUCUACGAACGGGUCGUCGCCGGCAUCGCGCCUCCAUGCGGCGAUCACGGACCCCGCUGACGCAGAAGGAGGAGGUAUCACGGACCCGAUUCUUUGGCUCGAUUGCUUUAGGGAUAUGAAGGGGCAUUUGCAUGAUGCGAGAUUGUAUCUCACGAGACGGGACCAGGAGACAACGCCGCAGAAACAGCAUGAGAGUUCGGCGAGGGCGAAGAGUGAGCUUUUGAGGGCGGGGGGGUUGAUUGCGGCGUUGGAGAGUGGGUUGAGGAAUUUGAGUGGGUCUGGGUCUGGGACUGGGGGUACGAUUGCGUCGUGGAGUGUGAGUGGGAAUCAUACGCUUGGGGAGGGGGAGAUGCGCCGACGGAAGGAUUUGUUGAUUAAUGCGCGGAAGGAGAAAGAUGGGUUGGAGGAUUUGUUGAAUGCCAUGGCGGCGAAGAGUCGGAUUGAUAGUGCGGUGGCGUCGAUUCAGGAUAAGGAGGCGUUGAUGGGCACGAAAGGGGGGAAGAAGCCUAUGAGGUCGUCGGGGCGGGUUCUGGGUAAGGAGACGGAGAGGACCCGCGAGCUGGAUAAUGCUGGUGUGGUGCAGUUGCAGAAGCAGAUGAUGGCUGAUCAGGAUAUCGCGGUGGAUGAGUUGAUGCGGAUUGUCAAUCGGCAGAAGGAGCUGGGUAUUGCGAUUAAUAAUGAGUUGCAGGUGCAGAAUGAGUUGUUGAGUUUGGCGGAUGAGGAUGCUACGAGGCUGGGUGGGAAAAUUGAUAUUGGCAAGAAGCGAAUCGGGCGGAUCUCUUGAUCGCGGGUUGUAUGGUUCAUCGGGAGGAUGGUUAUUUGGUGCGUAUAUUGAUCUGAUCUCGGUAUAUGUUAUGCAUGUGUUAUGUGGUAUAGCAUGGCUUGUAUAGUCUCGUUACUUGGCGCAGUCCUUUGGUCUUAGGGAUUGAUUGUCUGGGUAUUGUACUCUAGCGAGCACGGCCUUUUCAGCAUUGGAGUUUUUUUUUCCUUGUUUAUUAAUGAAUACGUACUAGCAGCCUCUAGCAAAUUGAUGGUGCUAGACUUAGGUCCCACAAGUAUCUAAUCUGUUCAUGUCAAUCCCAUCACGUU